CCGGACAGCAUUUGAUUAUGCACGGUCCCAAGACGAGCGCUGUCCAGCACGACAUGCAUCUCUUUUGCCCCGCUAAUGUGUAAGGAUAGCCACCCCGGCAGUGAGGCUCACUUACAAGUAUGACGAUCCGCAAGAUCUCGUAAUGGCUGUUCUAAAUACUAGGCGCAGGGCUCUUGGCAUUGCAUCUUGAACAAUAAAUACCAGCGGAACUGCACGCCACCACCUUAUGUCUUGUCUCGGCUAGCUUUUGAAGCACCUAAUACUCACAUCCUCUGCCCAAUUGAUGUGGCAAAACGCAUAGAUCUCGGACACGACAUUCUUCCAAUUUCCAACAUGGCAACUUCUCGAAAGGGCGGCGGCUAUGGGCUGCAGUUGUGGGCGCUCAUCAAGAAGAAUCUGCUCCUUACCGUCAUCCGAAAGCCAUUGGGUUUCCUCAUCCUCUUUUACGGAAUCCCACUUGCUAUGCUUGGUGUCCUCUUAUCAAUUCCUCAGUUUCUGAAUCCCUCACCUAAAUUUGGAGUUGCUGCUCCGCAACCCAUCCCAGAACUGGCCCAAUCCCUAGACAAAACACUCGUCGUCAUCCGGCCGUCGAAUGUUGGCACCGAUGUUGACCGAGUCAUCGAAACACUUACCAAGCCACUCGACAAGAACAAGGUGAUGAUCCUGGACGACGAGCUAGAACUGUUGAAAGUUUGUCUUGCCGACUCCCUUGGUGUCAGUAACUGUUUCGCCUCGGUUAGCUUUCACGAUUCCCCGGAAACAACCGUAACUAGUGCAAAAAGCGUCACUGGUGGUCGUCACACAUGGCAGUACACCAUACGAGUCGACCCUGCCAAGAGCGACUCCAAUUUCGACAUCUUCAAUCACAAGACAGACUCUGAAAGAACGAUUCUGCCUUUGCAGCUCGCUGUCGACAAUGCCAUCACUGGCCGCAACGACCGCCCAAGUGCCCUCGGAUUUACCUCAGUCGACAAGAAAUUACAAGAUCAGAGCAACAGAAAAUACUCUCUUGCUUUAAUGGGCCAAUACUACGCCUUCAUCAUCAUCAGUUGCUACUUUCUGAUCUUCUAUCGAUUUGUAACCAUGGUGACAACAGAGAGAGAAUCAGGCAUGUCGCAGCUAAUUGACAGCAUGGGUGGCAAAUGGGCGCCUGCCAUGAGAACUCUGAGCUGGAUCAUAACUCUAGAUGUUAUCACGCUACCCUGCUACAUCGUUUUCGGUGUUUUAUACUGGUACAUCAUCUUUCCAAGUUCUUCUGUAGGUCUCCUGAUUGGUUGGCAAGUACUUUGUGGUUUUGCUCUCAAUAGCUCCGUGCUAUUUGCCGCUGCCUUCUUUGGCAAAGCCCGCGCUUCUGCCAUUUACGUCCUAGGAGGUGUACUUCUGUUUUCGAUUGCAGCACAGUCAUAUGGAUUCCAAUACCGCCCUCCAUCACCACCCCCUGGUGCUUACAUCCUCGCCCUUCUCUUUCCAAGCUCCAAUUCACUCUUCUUCACUCAGCAGAUGAUUCUCUGGCAAUUCGGUGACUUGCCUGCCACGAUUACAAGCCUGCCAGAAUCGGCGUUGGACAUAAACUCUACGUCGUACAACAUGUCUCAAGCUACCAUGUUGGGAUUUUUGGGACUUCAAAUCAUCUUCUUUCCGGUCCUAGCUAUUCUUGUGGAGAAGCUUAUGCACGGAAUCAGUUUCAAGAGUCGCCAGUUUCGCACUAAUUCUUCUGGGUCUGACAACAUCAUUGAGACAACAGACUUGAAGAAAACUUUCAAGUCCGGGGUCUUCAGGAAGCGCUCUGUUGCAGCCGCAGACGGUGUAAGUCUCCAGGGCUAUCGCAACCAAAUUCUUUGUCUGGCUGGACCAAAUGGUUCUGGCAAGACAACAACAUUGCAUAUGAUUGCAGGGUUUAUCGCACCCACUUCUGGCAAUGUCUCGAUCACUGCUGAGCCGUCCCAGAUUGGAAUUUGCCCUCAAAGAAACACAUUCUGGGACAAUCUCACCGUCAAGGAACACGUCCGCAUCUGGAGUAAGAUUAAGGGUGGUCAGGAGACAGAUCAGCAACUGGACGAGUUGAUCAAGUCGUGCGAUCUGACCAAGAAAGCCUCCUGUAAAGCCAGAACUCUCAGUGGUGGCCAGAAGCGCAAACUUCAGUUAGCUUGCAUGUUUGUCGGAAACUCCACAGUUUGCCUGAUAGAUGAAUGCACCUCUGGUCUUGACCCUCUCUCGAGGCGAAUCAUAUGGGAAAUUCUGCUCCAGCAGCGUUCCAAACGAAGCAUCGUUUUCACUACACACUUUUUGGAUGAAGUAGAGGUCCUAGCGGAUCAUCUUGUUAUCCUCUCCAAGGGCAAAGUCAAGUGUCAAGGAGCUGUAGCAGAACUCAAGAGCCGCUAUGGAAAUGGAUACAGCGUCAUAGCACCCAACUCGACCAGUUUCAAACCCAACUAUCCAGCCCAGAUCCAUCAAGAUGGACUAGUUUACAAGGUUCCAACAUCACUUGCGGCUGCCAAACUAUCUGCCGCGUUUGCCAAAGCUGGUACCAACAACGUUUCAAUCACCGGCCCACAGGUUGAGGACGUUUUCCUCAAUGUUGCAGAAGACUUUGCACUGGAUAAAGAUGGGAGCGAGUUCAAUGAUGACUCUACGUCGUUCAAAAUGUCGCCUAGUCGCCUCACAUCGUUUUGGUCCCAAGUCAGCGCUCUGUAUGGAAAACGUUUCACAAUUCUACGCAGAUUUUGGUGGCCAUACUUCUAUGUCGUUGCCAUCCCCCUACUCAUUAUACCCAAUAUGACUAGUCUUUUGGAUAUCUACAAACCUGACCAUUGUCGUGUUUUGACACCUAGGCUUUCAGCACCAGUCCUUGUGCAGUAUCCGCAGUAUGCGUCAUGUAAUAGCUACGCGUGUCCCCAGAUAUAUUUCAGCACUGAGGCUGGUAAGGAGGCUCGCACCCUAUUCCCCAAAAACUUUUACCAGUUUGAAGCUAUCAAUUCAUCGACGUUGGAUCAGUUUGUCAACAUAUCACCAUCCCUUGAAGUGUGGAAUAAAGCUCUUCAAACUGCUAGAGAUUUUGACAGAGGUGGCAUAUUCCUCUCGACAGAGACUGAUUCGGGCAUCAUCGCAUUCAAACCAGAUCUCUACGGAUACUAUAAACAGUACAUUGAUGGGUUCGCACAGGAUGCCGACGAUGAGUUGGCUGCCAACGACCCCAGACUGGAUCCCCCUCCAACCAACAGUUCUUAUUCAGACUACGCACGAGCUACGUCCCUAGAGCUCAUGAAUAUUUACAGUCAAAUGAGAAGUGGCACGGAAAUUAUCAUCAGUCAAGGAGGAUUCGCCCAGAAGCCAAAGUAUGUUUUCAACACUGGUAUUUUCUAUACUAUUUUCUUUUGCCUGGUAUUAGCAAUCUACCCCGCCGCAUUUGUUCUCUAUCCUGCUAUGGAAAAACAGAGGAUGGUGAGAUCAGUGCAAUAUGCAAACGGUGUCCGUCGUGCCCCUCUCUGGGUUGCCUACGGUCUGUUCGAUUUCCAGUUCAUCGUCGUUAUCUCUAUCGUUCUGAGCGUGGUAAUGUCGAUUCAGGUUACGUGGAUUGGAACCACAUGGAUAAUACUGCCGAUUCUUAUUCUCUAUGGGGCGGCUGCAUUGCUCCAAAUGUACAUUGUUGCGCACUUUGUGAGCGGUCCACUCAAGUCAUUCCUGACUGCCUUUGCAUUCAACCUUCUUCUAUUUGGAAUUGCAGCCAUUGUCUUUGGUGUCGGAUAUUCGGGCGGAACGACACUCGCAAAGGAUACCACUUCACUCGGCAUCUCCUUCGGCCUAUUUCUAAUCAUCCCCAUUGGAAAUAUCUUUAGGGCCCUAGUCAUUGGCUUUAAUGUUUCCCAUGCUCGCUGUGAUGAAGGUCGUGAGAUUCCUCUGGGUUCGAUUUAUGCCUAUGGUGGCCCUAUUCUGAUUCUGGUCAUUCAAGUCAUCUGGUUGCUUGGAAUUUUGGUUUGGAUCGAGGGUGAUCUGGCCAUAUUCCGCAAAAAGUCGGCGGUUGUUGCUCCUGACUCUGAAAAGUCGAUAGGUAGUAGUGGCCCUGACGACGUCGAGGCGGAGAGAAUGCGCGUGGAGGGUACUGAUACCGACUUGCUUCGCAUUCUGCAUCUUAGCAAACGCUUUGGUUCCAAUCAAGCCGUCGAUGACGUUACUCUGGGUCUUCCUCAGAGUGAGGUCUUGGCUCUUCUUGGUCCAAAUGGUGCUGGCAAGUCUACACUGGUCAACAUGAUCCAAUCAGACCUGUCGGCAGACUCUGGUCAGGCUUUCCUAUGCGGCGACGAUUCUCGGACUAGAAUCGCACAAACACAUUUUGGAGUCUGCCCGCAGUAUGAUGCUAUGGAUAUGUUGACAACACGCCAGCAGCUGAUGUUUUACGCGCGCAUCAAGGGCAUUGACAGUGCGAAGGAAAACGUUGAACAUGUCAUGGCUAAGCUGGGUUUGGCGCCUCAUGCAAACACCGCAGCAAACAAACUCUCUGGAGGUAACAAGCGCAAGUUAAGUCUCGCUGUUGCCCUGAUCGGAACACCUCCUGUGCUUGUUCUUGACGAGCCUACUUCUGCCAUGGACGCCGUGGCGAAGCGAUCGUUCUGGAAGAUCAUUCAAAUUAUUGCGCCUCAACACUCUAUUCUUCUCACAACACACAGCAUGGAAGAGGCCGACACGCUAGCGACACGAGCAGCAAUUAUCUCGAGAAGACUAUUGGCAAUUGGAACCUCACAAGCUCUCCGCCAGAAGUACAGCAACGUCUAUAAUAUCAGUUUGAUUCUGCGUUCGGCGCCCUCGUCUACAGAGAAAGAGAUGGAUACCGUCCGGGCGUUUAUUCAUGAGAAUAUUGAACAAGCACAGCUCGAAAGAGAUAUGGUCGGCGGACAAGUGCGCUUCACCAUCCCGGGAUCCCCAACGCAAGUUGCUCCCAUAGGUGAUGAGAAGGUGCCAUCUAAGGAGCUUCACAUCGCAAAGGUCAUCAACCUGAUUGAAGAGAACAAGGACCGACUGGGUCUCGAUUGUUACUCAGUGGCCGCUGCUAGUUUGGAGAGCGUAUUUUUGAGCGUUGUCCGGGCCAACAAUGUGGAGGAAGACGAUGUCGACCCUAACAGAGGCGGCUGGUUGGCCAGGUUGGGGCAUAUGUUCUAAUUCAUAUAGUGUUGUGAUCUUUAUGUAGAGUUGCAUGAUUUUUGUGCACUUAUAGACCAUUAUUGAUAUUUUGCUUCAUUACAUUCAUUAUAAUAUUCUACUUCCUCGCAGCAAGAAUCUCUCCAGAGACCUUUGCAGAGGCCUGUACAAUGAGCUCGUGCUCAUGCGAAUGAAUCUUUUCCUCCAGUUGCGCGAGAUCCUCGCCUUCCCAGGGAAUCUCCUUGGUCAAGAUGGGCGCACCACGGUCAACCUUGACAAUUACGUAAUGCACCAUGAUGCCUGUCCGUGUAGCUUUUCCUGCCUUGAAGUCGUUGUAAGCGCGUUCUAUCGCGCCCGCGCCGUCAUAUUCGCCUGGGAGAGCAGGGUGCAGGUUGAUGACCUUGACGCCGGCCUUUUCAAGAGGCUCUAAGAAGGACGCAGCAAAGACGUGCAUCCAUCCGGCUAGAACAAUGAGUUCUGGACGCUGUUCCAGAGCAAGGACCUUCUCCGCGAGAGCAGCAUCGUACUUGGAGCGUGCUUCGGCCACCUUGGCCUCAUCCUUUUCGCCUUUGGGCAGAAAUCCAUUGCUGAUGAGGUUGAAGUACUCCCAUGGAAUGCCUAUC